AUGCGUCACAUCUCUCGUGAGCGCGAGCACUACCUCGACGCCGUCGACGACGCGCUCGCGCGGAACGCCAAAGCAUUCAAGGAAUCGCUCGAGCGUUUUCACGAAAAACGCUCGCCUCCCAAAUGGUGCGUUCACUGCACCUCGGACGUGCACACCGAUUUCGCGAAAAAUGCGGCCGAGCUGGAUCGUUACGUGGAGGAUAAAAUCGCCGAAAACGACGAGCGACGUCGGAGGGGUGAAAACGUCUCGAGCGCGAUCGUCGUGGCUGGAGACGUGUGCACCGGGAUUGAGCGUCUGCGAACAACCAUGGUUUCGCUUCGCAAAUGUCACGACGCCGUGUUCUACCUCCCAGCGGGGAACCACGAGCUUUGGGUGUCAGGUCAAGGUAUAUACGAUGAUUCACUACACAAGAUGAUCGAGCUGAUCGACGCGUGCACGGCGUGGGGGGUGUCGUGCGCCCCGACGCGUUUAUCGCAGACGCUCGCCGUGGUUCCCAUCUACGGUUGGUACGUGGACGAAUUUUGCGACGAUCCGUGGCGAAGAUCGAGCGCGUACACCGAUCUAGAAAGGAAUUUCGACGCCGCGUGCUCGUGGCCACCGUUCAUCAAUCCUCCCAGUGAGGCGAGGAAUUCACACGCGCCGGGCAUCGCCGCCUUCAUGCGCGACGUCAACGCGCGCGCGCUGAAAAGGUUUGCCUCCGUCGUUCGUACCGAGCGAGACGACGCGACGACGAUCGCGUUUUCCCACUUUCUUCCAAGACCCGAGCUCUACCGCGGGAAUCCGGCGCUCAUGAAGGUCAUGGGUAACGUCGCCAUCGACGCCGACGCGCGCGCGUGGAACGGAUCCAUCCACGUCUUCGGUCACAGUCACUUGAACGUCGACCGCGUCAUCGACGGCGUGCGCUACGUCCAGUGCGCCUUGGGGUACCCGCACGAGCGCUGGUUCGGGUCAAAUCAUCCGAAGUUGCUCCAUCGCGAUGCGUCCUGA